AAUAUACAAAUCGAUCCAGUUUUUCAUUAAUUACAUAGUACUCCAUACUUUCUUAAAAAUGGGUAUUCAACUGAUGGAGAAAGUGCAAGCAAAGAGAAUUCUAAUGAAAACUCUAGCAAACAAGAAGGUGACAUCGAGUUCGAGUUCGAGUUCGAGUUCGAGUUGGAAUGGAGAAGUACCAAAAGGUCAUGUAGUUGUUUAUGUAGGAAAGAGUUGUAAGAAGAGGCAAGUAAUCCCAAUAUGUUACUUAAAUCACGCUUUGUUUCAGAGUUUGCUUCGUGAUGUAGAAGAGGAGUUUGGGUUUGGGCAUUCCAUGGGUGGCCUUACAAUUCCUUGCGAUGAAGACUAUUUUUCAAGUCUCUUAUCCCAUAUUAGGUCUUCUCCAUAAUUAAUUUAAGCCAAUUAUAUUGUUUGUUUGUUUUUUUUUAUGAUAAAUUAUCAGCUCAUAUAUACGUACGAUCGAGUAGUAGUUAAUUUUAAUGAAAACUAGUACUACAGUACGUAUGCGUAUGUAGUUGAAUCGAUCGUUUGAUCCAGACAUAUUUUGUGAGUUAUAAAUAAAUUCUCUUUCUAGGUUUGAUCAAAUUAUAAGAAACGA